GCAUGCGCGGGUCCAGGAACCCGCGCGGGACCUGGUCUCAGCUAGGCCCCGUCGUACCUCCUACUGCUCUUCCUCCUGCGGCCCGGCCUUUCUUGGGUGCCGCUUCCGGGGUGCUCAGACCGGUUUCCGAGUGACCGCUGCCCGCUUUUUCCCUCUCCCCUACGCUCCUGGCCUCCCCCGACGCCAUAUACAGGCCGAUAGCUUGUUGCGGAACUUCCCCGCCCCCACCCCAACUCCGUCACGGAAAGCGCGCGUCGCGCUGCGCCCCAAGAGCCAAUCAGCAGCUGCCUUAGGCAACCAUGUCUGAGUCUGGGCAUAGUCAGCCUGGGCUCUAUGGGAUAGAGAGGCGGCGACGGUGGAAGGAGCCUGGCCCUGGCGGCCCCCAGAAUCUCUCUGGGCCUGGAGGUCGGGAGAGGGACUACAUUGCACCAUGGGAAAGAGAAAGACGGGAUGGCAGCGAAGAGACAAGCACCUCGGUCAUGCAGAAAACCCCCAUCAUCCUCUCAAAACCUCCAGCGGAGCGGUCAAAGCAGCCACCACCUCCCACUGCCCCUGCUGCCCCCGCUGCCCCCGCCCCGCUUGAGAAGCCCAUCGUCCUCAUGAAACCUCGGGAGGAGGGGAAAGGGCCUCCGGCUGCAGCAAAUGCCUCAACCCCCGAGGGCACUGCCCCGCCACCCCCUGCAGCCCCCGCGCCACCCAAGGGGGAGAAGGAGGGUCAGAGACCCACACAGCCUGUGUACCAGAUCCAGAACCGGGGCAUGGGCACUGCCGCACCAGCAGCCAUGGACCCUGUCGUGGGCCAGGCCAAGCUGCUGCCCCCAGAGCGCAUGAAGCACAGUAUCAAACUGGUAGAUGACCAGAUGAAUUGGUGUGAUAGUGCCAUUGAGUACCUACUGGACCAGACCGACGUAUUGGUGGUUGGUGUCCUGGGCCUCCAGGGGACAGGCAAGUCCGUGGUCAUGUCACUGUUGUCAGCCAACACUCCUGAGGAGGACCAGAGGGCAUACGUUUUCCGGGCCCAGAGCGCCGAAAUGAAGGAACGAGGGGGCAACCAGACUAGUGGCAUUGACUUCUUUAUUACCCAAGAGCGGAUUGUUUUCCUGGACACACAGCCCAUCCUGAGCCCCUCCAUCCUGGACCACCUCAUCAACAAUGACCGCAAGCUGCCUCCAGAGUACAACCUGCCCCACACCUACGUUGAGAUGCAGUCACUCCAGAUUGCUGCCUUCCUCUUCACGGUGUGCCACGUGGUGAUUGUUGUCCAGGACUGGUUCACGGACCUCAGUCUGUACAGGUUCCUCCAGACGGCCGAGAUGGUAAAGCCGUCCACCCCAUCCCCCAGCCACGAGUCCAGCAGCUCAUCCGGCUCUGAUGAGGGCACCGAGUACUACCCCCACCUGGUCUUCCUGCAGAACAAAGCUCGCCGGGAGGACUUCUGUCCUCGAAAGCUGAGGCAGAUGCACCUGAUGAUAGACCAGCUCAUGGCCCACUCCCACUUGCGCUACAAGGGUACUCUGUCCAUGUUACAGUGCAAUGUCUUCCCUGGGCUCCCACCUGACUUCCUGGACUCGGAGGUGAACUUGUUCCUGGUGCCCUUCAUGGACAGUGAAGCAGAGAGUGAAAACCCACCAAGAGCUGGACCCAGUUCCAGCCCACUCUUUUCCCUACUCCCUGGGUACCGGGGCCACCCCAGUUUCCAGUCUUUGGUGAGCAAGCUCCGGAGCCAAGUGAUGUCCAUGGCGCGGCCACAGCUGUCACACACAAUCCUCACUGAGAAGAACUGGUUCCACUACGCUGCCCGGAUCUGGGACGGGGUGAAAAAGUCCUCUGCCCUGGCAGAGUACAGCCGCCUGCUGGCGUGAGGCCGAGGGCAGGAAUGUCACGCAGAGAACCCCCUUCGGGGCCCCAGUGGAUGGCGAGGGAGCACGUCCUCACCACGAUGGGGUGGAGGGUGGCAGUAGGCCUGAUGGGCCAGGAACUGUUACUUUCUCGCCCAGAGACAUGAGGUGUCCUGGGCCGGGUCCCCCACCCUCACUGAAGCAUUGUUGAGGGGGGGACAUUGAGAUCCCACCCCCAGCCGGGGACGAGGCCGCCCGUCCUCAGUCCCCCAGGGACAGCUGGUGGCAGAAGUCUGAAUGGUCACCAGGAAGCCCAGGCUCCACCUUGACCUCCCUCUGCAGGGACAGGAGCAACAGGCCCUCUUCCCUGACCCCAAACCUUUUCAUACUGUGAGGCCGGGUCCGGGGAGCUCUCUGUUGGGGCACAUCUGGUGGUUCAAAUAAAAAGUCAUGCAAGCCUG